AUGCGUGUUGGAGAAUUGGACGGGGACCCAAAGAGAAGAUCAGGACUUUUAAAAGGAGACUUGCUUGGUGAAUUCAAACUUAAAAGACUACAAAAAUCGAGAGAAAAGACGAGUUUUACCGAGAUGAGACCCAAUCAAGAGCACUCACCAAGCGGCUUAAGCGGUUCUCUCCCCACCUUGACCAUAUUGAUCCGAAGUGAUCCUCAAAUUCUGCAUAGAGUUUCUCUUUCUUCUCAGCCUGAGAAUCCAUUCCACAUAACAGCUUUGUCUGGUCAUCUUGAUUUUACCAAAGCUCUCUUGACUGUAAAACCUGAACUUGCAUCCUGGCUGGACUCUUUCGAAUGCUCACCUCUUCACCUAGCUUCCACCGAGGGCCAUACAGAGAUUGUCAAAGCUUUAUUGCCAGCAAAUAUAGAGGUUUGCUUGGUUGCUGAUGAAGAGGGGAGAAUUCCACUCCACUUAGCAGCAACGAGGGGAAAAGUUGAAAUCAUACAAGAACUGAUAAAUGCAAAGCCUGACUCGAUCCGCCAAAAACUUAAUGGGAGUACUUUUCUACACCUAUGUAUUCAAUACAACCAGUUAGAGGCUCUAAAGCAGUUCUUAACACUGGUGGAUGAGAAUCAACUUCUGGAUUUUACAGACCAUGGAGGCAACACCAUAUUGCAUUUGGCUGUCAUGCUAAGGCAAUUAGAGUGUAUAAAUUCGUUCAAUCAAACCAUAACAUACUUGGUUUUGGUGCCUGGAAUAAAAGCAAAGAUAAAUGUCCGAAACAAAAUGGGUUUGAGCGCCCUGGAUUUGUUAAAACAUUAUCCAAGAGAUUUCAAAAGCCUUGAAAUUGGAGACAUUAUUCUUAUCAAAGCUGAAAGUAGAAGAUCACCUGAGGACCCAAAUCCAGCAAAGACGGUUCCAAUUGCUGUAGGUGGGGAGAUCCAAGCAAAGGAAGUAAAGUCGAGGUCGUUCACCUUCUGGCUGAAAGGGAAAACAAAGUCAGUGUACCAAAAAUGCAAGAGUUACUUCAAACAUCAAUCUAAUUGGGUCGAGGAGAUGCAGGGACCAUUGAUGGUGGUGGCGACGUUAACCGCAACCGUCUCUUUCCAAGUUGCAAUCAGCCCACCUGGCGGGGUUUGGCAACAAGAUUACACAGACUUAACGGCUUGUGGAUUCAAUCGCAGUGUGGAUUAUGGAAAAUGUGUAGCUGGAAAAGCUAUGUUGGGUUAUGUUAAUCCUCUUCUCUACCGCUUGUUCACAAUUUACGCUAUUGUCUCUUUCAUUUCAUCUCUGAAUGUUGUCCUUUUAGCCAUCAGUGGGGUUCCUCUUAAGAACAAGCUAUGUACAUGGCUUAUGACAAUAGCUAUGAUUAUUGCAAUUACGCUUUAUCUGGAUUGCUUUGGUUUGAAUUGUUGCAGUGUUUGCCACCAUCCGCCUUCUCUUUUGGCUAUUUAUUCUUCUGAUCAAGUUAAUAGGCUUCUUAAGGAAAAUGCUAUCACGUCCAUUAAGGAACCAAGCUCCCAUAUGAGUUAUGUUGUGUUUUGUUGGAUUAGGAGUCUAUGUCUAAUCGUAGUUUAUGUCGGAGACUUUCAAGUCAAAACGGAUAAUAUCUCCAAGGUUGAGUGCGGGUCUCCACAAAUGGUAUCAAAACAGGUCAAUAAUCAGACGGGAGGUAAGUGCUAUACCGUGGGAGCCAUUUCUAGAAUCCUACGAGAGCUAAGCAUCACAUGGUGGGAGUUACCUAUAGAAUCCUAA